GCUGAAUCACAUAUUUUUUACUGAUUCAAGAUAAAUCCUUAAUUUCUGCCCAAAUUAUUCAAGAAAAAUGAAGUCGGGCCCCCUUUACCUCCACUCAAAAGUACAUGCUUCAUAGUAAUAAUUAUAAUUCCCAAUAAUUGUUAUUCUUAUUCCCUGUCAAAUCUUGCCUUGUGUGUCGCUGUUCAUCAUCAGUCAAAUGGUCACAAAGAGCUACGACUCUUCACGCUUACUUAUGGAGAUGGCUUGGGUUAUGUUGAAAGUUGACUUCUCCAGGCUCUUUUGGCUUCUAUUUCGUGUCUUCUCUUACGAAAACCACGAGGGAAAACCUCGGAUUUAGAUGCCCUUUCUCUGAAUUGAAAUAUUAUAAGACUUGUUAACCUUAAUUUUGUUCCUCAAAAAUCUGAAGUUAUAUACGUAUAUAGUUCUAAAGGAUCGAGUAUGAGCAGGGCACAACACACAGGUGAAUCAAUGGAUGAAAAUGGAUACGCUGAAACUGAUCCAACCGGGCGAUAUGGACGAUUCGAUGAAGUUCUGGGGAAGGGGGCAAUGAAAACAGUGUACAAGGCAAUAGAUGAGGUGCUUGGUAUGGAAGUAGCAUGGAAUCAAAUCCACCUCAAUCACUUGCUUCAGUCACCGGAGGAUCUGCAACGACUCUACUCUGAAGUUCAUCUUCUCAGCACCCUAAAUCACAAGUCGAUCAUCAAAUUCUACACUUCUUGGAUCGAUGUUGAACAAAGAACCUUUAAUUUCAUCACUGAAAUGUUCACUUCCGGCACCCUCAGAGAAUACAGAGCAAAGUAUAAGCAAGUGGACAUUCAAGCCAUAAAGAUAUGGGCGCGACAAAUACUUGAUGGCCUUGUUUAUUUGCAUGGUCAUGAUCCUCCAGUGAUCCAUAGAGACCUUAAGUGUGAUAACAUAUUUGUCAAUGGCCAUCUUGGACAAGUGAAAAUUGGUGAUCUGGGCUUGGCAGCAAUUUUACGUGGGUCACAUAGAGCACACAGUGUUAUAGGCACACCCGAGUUUAUGGCACCAGAAUUAUAUGAAGAAAACUACGAUGAACUGGUUGAUGUAUAUUCGUAUGGGAUGUGUGUUUUAGAGAUGAUAACUUAUGAAUAUCCAUACAGUGAAUGUACCAACCCUGCUCAAAUUUACAAGAAAGUGAUAUCAGGAAAAAAGCCAAGAGCGUUCUACAAAGUUCAAGAUUUGGAAGCCCAAAGAUUUAUUGGGAGAUGCUUGGAAUCUGCAUCAAAGAGAUUACCAGCAAAGGAGCUAAUGCUUGAUCCAUUUCUUGCACUUGGUGACUUUGAUGAUAAGCCAGAGUCGAGAAAUGAUAUUCAAAAGCCUUUUCAGAAUGACAAUAUUAAAAUCGAGGAUCUGCAGUUGAAUGAGGAUUUACCAAGGACUAACAUGACUAUUACAGGGAAGCUGAACCCUGAGGACGAGACCAUCUUUCUUAAAGUACAAAUUGCUGAUAGAGACGGUGAUGUUAGGAACGUGUUUUUUCCCUUUGACAUUGUUUCCGAUACCCCCAUUGAUGUUGCGAAUGAAAUGGUGAAGGAGUUAGAGAUUGCCGACUGGAAGCCAUCAGAAAUUGCAGAUAUGAUUGAUGCAGAAAUUACUGGUCUUGUGCCGAAUUGGAAGUCGGACAAUCCUCAGUCGGCUCACUUCCAUAUGAUGAACUAUCAAGAGGAUCAUUAUGAUCACAAUAAUCCAUUCUCACCUUCCUCAUCGUCCCAAGUGUCACUCUUGGGCUCAAUCGCGUCUCAGAAAAUAGAUGUAAAACCUCAAAGUGGUCAUUGGAUUCAAGAUGACUUGUACGACGAUACUAGCUCGCAGAGCUCUUCACACUCCGAAAAGUAUUCCAACUGGACUUACAAUUCUGCUGAUGAACAUGAUCCCGUGAUGAGCCCAAGAAGACACAACCUGUACGUCGGUAAUACUCCAACUUCUUCUCGAUUCCAUCCUGGAGAAAAUUCAGGCACAGGGCAAUAUCUUGCUAAGAUUUGCUACAAGCAGUGCAAUGAUGUGCUAGAAUCAAAAGGAGCUUCUUCCACUUCUAAAAACAAGAUGGAAAUGCCUAGAUUGACAAGGAACCGGUCACUAGUGGAUACGCGCAGCCAGUUGCUUCACCAGUCAUUAGUAGAGGAGGUCAAUAGGAGACGGUUAUUCAAGACUGUUGAUGCUGUGGAAAGUAUUGGGUUUCGAGCACCUUACGAGGUUUCUAGUAAAUCCGCACAGCGACAUUGUUCCGUGAGAUGUUCAAGUGAUUGUAAGAAACUAGGUCACAAAGGGAGAAGAUUUUAAAUAUUGCCUUUCUUUUGAAUUUGAUCAGUCAGUGUGAUGUAGAUAAAGUUUGUUUGCAUAAAAUCAGAAACUUUGGAUGUACAUACAAAUAAAUGGCAUUGGUGCAAUCAAAUGUCUAUAUAAAUUAAAUGCAUUCGUGCCACUUUAUAA